AUGGCUACCACAGAUACCCCCAUGGCCGAUGCGCCCUCCGCUAUCGAUGCUACGCCACGCGCGGGUCAGACUAUCACCCACGACGAGAAGGUGUAUACGACCAUCCAAGAAGGAUUGGCGCAUAUCCUUGUACCACAUGGCAUACCUACUUCUCAAGAUCCGAAGAUGACCAAGGAGGAGACGCAACGGCAACAAGUCUUCUACAAUCCCAUACAACAGUUCAAUCGUGACUUGAGCGUUCUUGCGAUCAAGACUUUUGGACAGGACAUAAUACAGCGGAAGACUCUAAAGCAUGAGCAGCUCAAGAAGAAAGGUGAGAGAAAGAGACAGAGAAAGCAAGAGAAGGCUGCAGCGGAAGAGGCUCCCAAUAGCACUUGUGUGUCAGAUCAGGUUCCUGUGGCGGACAAGGUUCCUGCGACUAAAGAGGCUGUUGCGACCGACGAGGGCGCAGCGAAGAAGCGCAAGCUGGACGAGAGCGCUGCUGAUGGUGAUGCAGCUCCCGCCAAAAAGCAAAAGGUCGCCGAGAACGGAGAUGCUGGAGAGGAAGAGGGCGCCAAUGGAGUGUCAGACGGUGCAUCCAAGUCAACCCAAACGCAUGAGGUAUGGAGACCGCCCUUCAGCAUCCUUGACGCGCUUUCCGCGACGGGUCUACGAGCCCUGCGAUACGCCAAAGAAAUACCCUUUGCAACAAGUGUUACGGCGAACGACAUGUCACAGAAGGCGGUCAACUCUAUCAAGCUGAACGUCAAGCACAACAAGCUGGAAGACACCAUCACAGCCAAGACUGGUAACGCAAUUGCCUACAUGUAUAGCUACUGCGACAAGAACGGGUACGAUGUCAUUGACCUCGACCCUUAUGGCACCGCGGCCCCUUUCCUCGAUUCCGCGAUUCAAGCUAUCAACAGUGACGGUCUACUAUGUGUCACUUGCACCGAUUCAGCCAUUUUUGCGUCCCACGGCUAUCUCGAGAAGACCUAUUCGCAAUAUGGUGGUCUGCCACUGAAAGGAGAACCCUGCCACGAGGGCGGUCUUCGGCUGUUGCUGCAUGCUAUAGCCUCCUCCGCGGGACGCUAUGGCAUGGCCAUCGAGCCACUCCUGUCUUUGUCGAUCGACUACUACAUUCGCGUAUUUGUGCGCAUACGCAAGUCCCCGGAGGAUGUCAAGAUGCUUGCUGGCAAAACAAUGGUUGUGUAUCAUUGUGACAGCGGUUGUGGCUCAUGGACCACGCAGUUCCUCGCGCGGAAUAAAAUUACACACAACAAGAACGGCGACAAGUUUUACAAACACAGCUUUGCAGCUGGCCCUACUGCCGAUGAACACUGCCAGCAUUGCGGCUUCAAGACCCACUUGUCCGGCCCAAUGUACGGCGGCCCGCUGCAUAACGUGGGAUUUAUCGAACGUAUGUUAGCGCAGCUAAACGACGUCAACCGCGCGACCUACCCGACAAUGGAUCGCAUUGAAGGCAUGCUGCACACAGCCUUGGAAGAAAUCACAUUCGGCGCCAAAGACAAAGCAAACGGCGGAAAGGACACAAAGGUCCUGGAUCCACUGAUUCCGAAAGCUGACCCGGCGGAAGUAGAUCACCAUCCUUUCUUCUUCAUUCCUAGUUCCGUCGCAAGGGUAUUACACUGUUCCGCCCCACCGCUCGCACCUCUGCGCGGAGCGCUUCGGCAUGCUGGCUUCAGAGUGUCAAUGAGCCACUGCAAGCCUGGCUCUAUCAAGACUGAUGCCCCGUGGAAGGAUAUAUGGCAUAUUAUGCUCGAGUGGGUUCGACAGCGGGCACCACUCAAGAAUGCGCCAAAGAAGGCUAGUGCAGGACUUGUUAUACUGGGCAAGACGAACGCAGAAGGUCUAUUCACUGGUGGAGGCUCAAAGGAGCCAGUUGAAGUCUCUGCGAGAUCUGUGGGCGACGCGCAAGACGCGCAACCCAACGAAAGCACCGCCAAUGUGGAGGCUCCAGCAGCAGAGAAGAUUGUCCCUUUCGCUUAUCUGGGUUCUGACUUCCAUGUCAAUCUCGAUGAGAAACUGGGCAAAGAUCCUGACAGAGGCAAGUAUGUCCGCUACCAACUGGCGCCACGCGAGAACUGGGGCCCAAUGGCUCGCGCGAAGUAG